GUGGCAAACACUUGAAUGAAAAGUGUUAUUUUUACUACUUGUAGUAAAACCAUGACGCGAUCUUCCUUGGUUUCAUAUUCGAGAAUAUCUCGUUGUAUUUUCUUUCUCUUAUCCUUUUGUAUCUUCUUCUUGACAACGACCAAUGCUCAAGUCAUGCACAGACGGCUCUGGCCUUGGCCAAUGUGGCCUCGGUAUCCACAGCCGUGGCCGAUGUAUCCACCAGCAUUUGACCCAUUACCGAAGUCUUCCCCACCACCUAGCCCAUCAUCAAAACCUGUCUCACCACCAGGACCAUCUCCAUGCCCACCAACUCCACCAAAGCCUCAACCCAAACCACCACCAGCACCUAGCCCAUCUGCAUGCCCACCACCAGCACCUAGCCCAUCUGCAUGCCCACCACCAGCACCUAAGCCCCAACCAAAGCCACCACCAGCAUGCCCACCAACACCACCUAAACCAGCACCAAAGCCAGCGCCACCACCAGCAUGCCCACCAACACCACCUAAACCAGCACCAAAGCCAGCGCCACCACCAGCAUGCCCACCAACACCACCUAAACCAGCACCAAAGCCAGCGCCACCACCAGCAUGCCCACCAACACCACCUAAACCAGCACCAAAGCCAGCGCCACCACCAGCAUGCCCACCAACACCACCUAAACCAGCACCAAAGCCAGCGCCACCACCAGCAUGCCCACCAACACCACCUAAACCAGCACCAAAGCCAGCGCCACCACCAGCAUGCCCACCAACACCACCUAAACCAGCACCAAAGCCAGCGCCACCACCAGCACCAAAGCCAGCGCCACCACCAGCACCAAAGCCAGCGCCACCAGCUCCAACGAAUAAGCCACCACCUGCCCCAGCUCCAAAACCUAUCCCAAAACCACCACCUGCCCCAACGCCAAAACCUGCCCCGUCACCACCUAAGCCAGAAAACAAAACCAUACCGGCCGUGUUUUUCUUUGGGGAUUCGGUCUUCGACACAGGAAACAACAAUAACCGAGACACAAAGAUGAAAAGUAAUUAUCGUCCCUAUGGUAUGGAUUUCAAAUUCGGAGUUGCCACUGGUAGAUUCAGCAAUGGAAGGGUUGCUUCCGAUUAUCUAGCCAAAUAUCUUGGAGUAAAAGAAAUCGUACCGGCAUAUUUCGAUUCGAAAACACAACCAAACGAUCUUCUUACGGGAGUCUCUUUUGCCUCGGGUGGUGCUGGCUACAACCCUGUGACGUCUGAAUCAGCGAAAGCAAUACCAAUGCUCGACCAAUUGACAUAUUUCCAAGACUACAUAGAGAAAGUAAAUAAGGUAGUAAGACAAGAGAAGACUGGAGAAGUGUUGGCAGGUUUAGAGAAGACCAAUCAGAUAAUAUCCAAAGGAGUAGCAAUUGUCGUCGCGGGAAGCAAUGAUUUGGUCAUUACAUAUUUUGGAAGCGGUGCUCAACGACUCAAAAAAGACAUCGACUCUUAUACCACCGUCAUUGCUGAUUCUGCCGCCAGUUUCGUUUUGCAAUUGUAUGGAUAUGGAGCAAGACGUAUAGGAGUGAUCGGAGCACCACCACUUGGAUGUGUACCAUCACAACUACUAAAGAAAAAGAAAAAAUGCAACGAAGAGCUUAAUUAUGCUGCUCAGCUUUUCAACUCUAAACUCAUCCUGAUCUUGGGUCAACUGUCAAAAACGCUACCAAAUUCUACAUUGGUUUAUAUGGACAUCUACACUGUCUUCAGUCAGAUGCUAGAAACUCCCGGGGAUUAUGGAUUUGAAGAGGUAAAGAAACCGUGUUGCAAAACAGGAUUAUUGAGCGGAGGUGCCCUCUGCAAAAAAUCUACAUCGAAAAUAUGUCCCAAUACAUCUUCUUAUUUGUUUUGGGACGGUAUGCAUCCUACUCAAAGAGCUUAUGAAACUAUAAACAAAGCACUUGUAAACGAAUAUGGUUAUAUUUUAUCUAAAUAAUAACUAUAUUUAUUUUUACAUUAUUUAGCUCAUACGAGAAUGUAAUGAUGUAGAAUACAUGAGCCGUUUCUGUGACUAAUUAAUAAUGUCGUUAAGAAAACAACAUUUGAGAUA